AUGAGUGAGCCAUCACUGGACCUGAUGUCGGGACACGUGUCGGAGAGCGCCUCCAUGUGUGUGACGGGUGGGGGCGAGAGUGGGGUCGCCGGUGGGGCGCCAGUAGGGAUGGUGGGAGUGGUCGGCGGGACAGUUGGUUGGGUGGACCCCGUGUCAGAGCAAUUAAGUUCAGGAGACCAUCAAAAUGCCGCAAAUUCGUCACAAUUUGCCGAUCAUUACGCCUAUAAUCACGACUACAACUCACAGACAAACACUGAGACCAUAUAUAGCCAAUCGGUCGCCCAUGGAGUUAAUGUCGAGGCCAGUGAUAACCAAUACUAUCAAUAUUACGCCAAUUAUUAUCAACACUUUCAGCAUAAGAAUGAAUUACCGGUGUCUGAGACUGACUUCUCUCAGUCUGCGAGCACUGGCGCAGAGAACUCGAGACCCCGUCCUAUAGAUUUGAUUAACAAAGCGCUCGCAAGACAGCGAUCUGAUGACAAUAAGGGCUCAACAGAUGGUAACAGAGAUGAUGACGAAGAAGAGGGACAAAUCCCGUCGAGUCCGCGCCAUUUGGCCAAACGUGCCACCAAUGGAUCCCACACUCCACCCACUCCUGUCACCAAUUCUGGUCGUAAUUCACGGAACUAUUCGAGUAAAUCGAGAUCCCGUUCGCCACCAAAAGACGGUGCCCUCAGAUCGCGAUCCCGUUCCCGAUCUCGUAAGCGAUAUGUUUCGCGCUCCAGAUCUCGCUCUCGAAGGCGUCGACGCUCUCGUUCCCGAUCGCGAUCUCGAAGUCCAUACUUCGGACCAAUCAUUAAAGACUACCGAAGAGGUCGCAGAGGGUUUGUUAGAUAUCCGCGCGGUUUUCGCGACAGAAGUGUUCGUUCGUACGGCAGAGGAAAUCAUUCACAGUAUGGUUACGGAGGCUCUCGAAGACACGAGAGUCGAAGCCAAAGUCGUUCCGUUAGUCCUAAACGAAGACACGUCGAGAGCGAUAAGAGAGAUGAAACCAAUAAUGAAGAGAAAGCCGACGAUUCGAAGAAUUCUGAAACACUGAAGCCUUCGGACAUUAAGUCUAAUGAAAAGCGUUUGACUCAAAGCUUUUUGGCGAUGUUGGAGGAGAAGCAGAGUAAGUCGAAAAUGAUUCCCUUCGACACCAACAACGAGGCCAUCGAUGACGACAAUCGACAGCACGGUUUCGUCAAUACUUUCAAUUCUAUUCGUGAAAUGGAAGCAAAGAAACAUACUUUGAGUUAUGACUUGGAAAGGGAGGGCUGGCAAGUGAUCGACGACGCGAACAGUGAGUCCUCUCGUAAGAGACGCAACACUAAAGACGUUCAUAAAAGCGAAGACAAGUCUAAGCAUUUAGUGAGCAAAGAGAGUGUCGGACACGAAAAGACUGGCAAAGAAGUGAAAGACGAGUCAUCUUCUAGUGGUAACGAAACCUCUCAUAAAAAGAGAAAAUCCAAAAAACGGAGGAACAAAAAGAAAAGGAGUUCUUCGACAUCUAGUGAUUCCUCUGAUUCAGAAUCAGACCACGAAAAUGAAGACGAAGUGGAAGUUAGUGACAAGAAGUCCAAAAAGAAGAGGAAGAGUAGAAAGAAGAAGAAAAAAGUUGUUUCAAGUUCUUCGAGUUCUGAAGACGAGUCCACACAAAAGAAAAAGAGUAAAACCAAAAGAGCCGACACUUCGAGUGAUUCUGAGACCGAAGAUAAGCCUAAAGAAAACUCGUGUUUAACUCCCACUCAAAAGUUGUACGAAACCAACACUUUGGCUGAAAAAGUGGUUUCUGUAGAGAAGGACGAGACGGACACCAAAGCCAAAGACAAGAAGAAGAAGAAGCGAAAGCAAAAAGAUUACGAUUCGUCUGAUUCUGAUGUGGAGAAAGAGAAGAAGAAGAAGAAGAAAAAGAGACGAAAGAAGUCUUCAAAGAGACGUAAGCGGAGGUCGUCUUCGAGUUCUAGUAGUUCUGAUUCUUCAGAUACGAGUGAAUCCGAAGAUCGCAAAAAGAAGAGAAGAAAACACAAGAAAAAGAAGUCUAGAAAACAUAAAAAAGAUAAGAAAUUAUCGGAAAAUAAAGAGAAGACAAAAGUGAUGACUGAAGACAAGAAGAAAAUGAAAGACACGGAAAUAGAGUUCGUGACCGUCCUCUCAGUGGGCGAAACACCAGUUGAGCUAAAAUGGCCUAAAAAUUUGAUAAAAUACACGCAAUGCGAGCCAAGCAUUCAGUAUAGCAUUAGUCCGAAAGUAACUGUAAAUUCAGACGAUUUCAAGCAAACCAAAGAACCGAGAAAUAAAAUAGUAGAAGAAAUUGAAAGAAUACGACACUUUGGGAUCGAUAAUGAAAGUGAGAAUAAAGGCCAUGAGAAGUUGACCACAGAAUAUGAGAAGUUUAUGGAUGAAGUGAAUCCCAAUUAUGAAAGCCAUGCCAUAAGUGAAGAGUCGAAAGAUUUAGAGACAAAACUGAGAGAAAAAUUAGUCAAACAAUUGUACGAUAAAAAAGACGAUGAUUUCGAGGCCAUGACUCCAGCAGAGCGGAGAGCCAUUGAAAAGAAGAAAAAGAGUUAUCAUUCAUAUGUCGACGCGAGUGAUGACCACAGAAGACAUGAAGACCUCAAGUCUGCGCCAAUGAGUGCCUACUAUUCAGCAAAAGUCCAAAAGAGUUCUCCUCCUCCUGUCCACCGAAGCAGUGAAACCGAAAAAUAUGAAACAAAAAGCAGUAAAACAAACGAAACGGAAAGUUAUCACAAAAUGAAUGAAAUAAGUCUAAACAUUAGUGAACAGCGCUCUCAUAGCAGCCAUUCCUCUGAUAAACACAGUUCACAGAAGAGUAGUGAAGACAAGAAGAAGACAACGGCUAAAGAGCUGUUAGAACGCGUCAAACAAAGGAAGGACUCCAACAAAGACUCGAAAGAGACCACAGAUAAGGAUGACUCGCAUCGAAGCAAACGAUUGCCACAAACGGCGAAAAUACCGCCGAAUAAGAAAUGGUUGACGAGAUCUAAGACGGUUACGGCAAACGCAGACUCAACACAAAACACAUUUGUUUCGCAACCCAUGAAAUUAGACAUGAAUUUUGAUUACAACUGGUAUUACAAUUAUUAUAUGAGUUCCAUGUAUGCGUUGGGUCAGUACCCACAGGCGCCCGAUCCCACACUAUCGUCUGCCUAUUACGCCCAAUACUCGAUGGCCACCAGUAAUGACUACAAUCCCACUGAUUUGACUAAUUGGAUGACACAAAAGGGCUAUACUUUGGACUCAACUAAUUCUUGGAUUCCUAAUCAAAGUGCAGAGAAUGUCACUGAAAACUCCUCGAAGAGCCAGGAAUCACAAUCUUGUGUCGAAUCCUCGGCUUUGGAACUCAAUCCGACCCUCACUUCUGAUAGAAAUGAUUCAAACGAACAAAUGGUCGAUAAAAUAGUCACUAAUGAGGAAAACAAUGAUAUGAAAGAUAAGACCACUGAAGCAGACGGUCAACAAAACAUUGGAGUCUUAAUAUCGUCCACUCAGUCAGACAUGCCUUUUGAUUCUGAAUUGGGAUUGGAUUCUGAAUCUAAAGACCAAACGGACUCUUCAGAUAUGUCUCCAUUUUCAUUGACACAAAGUAAACAGAAGGUUAAGGUUCGAGUGAACGCCACUUCGCACAAUGACAUGGAUGUGUCCGAUGGAGACAGCCCUCCGCCACCACCACCUCCUCAACCGCGACCUUUAAUGACAACAAUGACUUCAUCAGACGAAUACACUCUACCCAAUGGACAGGUACUGCCCGCGGGAACCAAACAGAUUGUCGUCCAUCCCUACCAAACGGACGAUCCAAACAAAUUCACAGCCGAAUGGUAUUACAACGCAUACGAUGGACAACAGACACCAACCAACUCCUCUUAAGACCAAUCAUUUGGACUCUGAUUAACAUUUAUUUCUAUUUUAUUUAACUUAUCUCUGA